CGAGUUUUGCAGCUGCAACAGCCUUACGCUUUAUUAUGGAUCCACCAUGCCAAAUCGCGUAUCGUGUCCUUUCGUCGUUUCUGAAGAGUCUCUCAUUCUCUCAACAUUCGUCGCCACAAUAUCGCCAAUCGCAACGUGCUUUGACAGGCUAUCGUCGGUGCUUCUACAGCCGUAUUUUGUCUUUCCAAGCUCAAACUACGGCCCCCUGAUCUAUCGCCAUGUUGAACAUCUUCAGAGUCCUGGGUAUGGAUCCAUUGCGCGGUUGGGAUAGCUUCUCUUCUCGUAUUGACCUAGCCAACUUUUACAGGGGACUUCUCCCACUUGGGGUCCAUUGCCAUCCUCCUCCAUAAGAUGACUCAGCUCAAAGUUCGUGUUCAAGGCCUAGUUCUCGAUCUAAGGCCACCUGCUGACCAUAUGCAGAGCUGUUCCGGGAUCUCGUUCAAGUCCCAAGCACUCUAUCUCCUGGUCUACGUCACAAGAUAUCUUGACCUAUUCACAACCGAGAGCGUGUACAACAUCGUGUUCAAGAUCAUGUUCAUCAGCUCGCAAGGUUACAUCAUCUAUCUCAUGACAAAUGCCUACAAGCCGACCAAUGACCCCAAUCUCGAUACCUUCCGCAUCCAAUACCUCCUCGCCGGAGCCGCUGUCUUCGCCGUGCUGUUCCCCUACAAGUACACCGUCUCGGAAAUCAUGUGGGCCUUCUCCAUCUGGCUCGAGGCUGUAGCCAUCCUCCCGCAGCUGUUCAUGCUCCAGCGCACUGGUGAGGCCGAGACCAUCACGACACACUACCUUUUCGCCCUGGGCCUGUAUCGCGCCCUUUACAUCCCCAACUGGAUCUAUCGCUACGUCACCGAGCCGAAUCACAAGGUGGACUACAUCGCUGUUACGGCAGGCAUCAUCCAGACCAUCUUGUACAGCGAUUUCUUCUGGAUCUACUACAACAAGGUGCUCAAGGGCCAGAAGUUCAAGCUCCCGGUUUAGGGAUGUCCAAGCGUUUGCGGUUUGGGCUUGUCGAGGGCCACAAGCCUGUCAACAACGAACUCGUCAAUCCU